AUGAACAUGGACCAGGAAAGCAAUAAGGUAAUUAGCAUGACUAGCCUCCUGGAAGAUGCCCCGCUUCUUUUAUCGAAUGAACGCAUGGGAGAAUUAAGUGGAGACUACCGUUUGAAGUGUACCUCUUCACAACCAAUGAGUUUGACUGUUCCAGUACAGAUAUCGAGGGGUAAAAAGCAUGAACAAUGGAAUUUGCAGCCGAUAACCAAGAGCAAAACCAUGCACAGUGAAUGCCGAAGUACCUUGAGAAAUUCUCUGAGAACCCAAAAAUCUGGCUAUCUUCUAUUACAGAACGCUUACAUACGGGCUCUUAGUCUUGGAAAUGCUCAGGAGAUUGCUACAAUUAUAACAACCUUACGGAUCAAUGAAAUCUCGAUUAGUAUGACUCCGCGCACAGGGCUCCGUACAACUGAGCAGACGAGUCUUAUGCAGUUAGCACAAGAAGAUGAGAAUUUCCACGUUGAUAAUUCUUCAUCAGCCCUGAUGAUGCAGCAGUAUACCAAAGCCAUAGAGAUGAACAGUAUCACGUUUCCUGGAGAUUCUAUAAGCAUAACAGGGGCUUCAGCAUUAAUGAUUGCUGCAUUCCGCGGCAAUGCUGAUGCUGUCGCCAGACUGGUUCCUGAGUCAGGAUUGAUCAGUGACGAUGGAUGGAGCGCCUUAAUGCUUGCAGCAACUGAAGGCCACAUGAAGUGCGUUCAACUUCUUUAUGGAGAGAUCAAUCUCGGUGGCUUCACGAUGCUCAUGUAUGCGGUUGCGUGUGAUGACUAUGAUAGGGCUUGUAGGCUUACUCAUCUGGCAGGAAGACAGAUCUCACUUAAGUGUGAUAAAGGCUGGAGCGCCCUCAUGCUUGCCGUCAAGCUGCGGCGCUACAAAAUAGCAUCUCUACUUGUCGCAGAAGAGAUAAGGCUUCAGACUACAAACGAUUGGAUCAAUGAUUACACUGCAUUACUCAUGCUAGCGAAAUACAGUAGAAGGGACGACGAUAAAAACCUCAGCUGCCAAUUUGUUACAGAGGCCUUGCUAAAGGAGGAAGGCGAUCUCAGAAAUGAAAAAGGCGAAACACCACUAAUGAUUGCAGCUUCGUCAGGGAACAUAUGGCUGGUCCGGAUGAUAUGUAGCAAACCAGAUAAAUGGUAUGCAGCGUUAAAAGCGCAAACAUACGAAGGAAAAACAGCCCUAAUGUAUGCUGCAGAACGAGGGCAUCUAGAAGUCUGUGAACUGCUUGCAAAUAGCGAGGCUCGAAUCUCAACAAACGAUGGUAAGACGGCCCUUAUGUUUGCCAGUGGAGGGGGUCACAGCAGUGUAGUCCAGCUCCUUUGUCAGUGUGAAGGCGGGAUGGAGCUUUCUGGCCCCUAUUCAUCGGGGAAAACCGCACUAAUGUUCGCCUCAGAGCACGGCCACGUAGAGGCAGUCAAGCAUCUUUUCAAUAUGGAGAAAGGAAGAUCUAUGAAGGAUGGCACAACUGCGCUUAUGCUUGCUGCUGCCGCCGGUCAAGACAAAGUGCUUGAGUUUUUGACGGAUGAAGCACGAAUGCAGGAUAAGCGAGGAAGAACGGCUCUCAUUCUUGCCGCGCAAUCAGGGUCAAUUGCAUGUACAAGGAUGCUUGUAACGUGGGAGGCCAAAGCUCGAGAUCAGUACGGCAACACGGCCUUGAUGCACGCUGCCAGAAAUGGACAUACAGAAAUAGCUUCUCUCAUAACAAGCUACGAAGCAGGAGCCACUAAUAAUAAUGGAUAUAGCGCCCUUAUGAUCGCAUCGGAGUCAGGGGAUAGAAGCACCUGCCAAUUACUGGUUAGUGAGAUAGGGAUCUCUGGAUAUACAAGUUUGAUGUUCUUUGCGACAACAAGAGCAGUGCUAAAGAACUUCGACGCAUAUAAAAGCCAAAUAGGAAAGUGUGCCACCAAUGGUGUAACAGCUCUGAUGCUUGCUGCCAUAAACAACAACGUCGGAGCAAUACCCUAUUUGAUAGCAGAAGCAGGGGCUCAAGAUUGGGAAGGCAACACUGCACUGAUGUAUGCCUGUAAAAGCGGGUUUGAUUCUAUUGUGGAAGAACUCGCGAAGUACGAGAUAGGCUUCAAAAACAAGGAUGGAAUGACUGCAUUAAUGCUUGCAGCCUACUAUGGCAAGCAUGACUGUCUGAAGCUUGUGCUGGCUAAAGAAAGGUACAUACCAGAUGAUGACGGAAAUUAUGUAGAAUUCUAUGCCAAAUAUCCCAAUCACGACGACCAUAAUAGUAGGGUACAGAUACUUGCUUUGUUAGACAGCGAGAUAGAUGCGGGUGACUCAAGUAAACGGUAG